GGCUCGCGUGAUCCCCAAUGGCGGCCCCUGCUCCCCCCUGACCCCUUACUCCCCGCCACGGGGACGGGCCCCAGCCGCCUUUUUUAACUCUCCAUCUUGGCCCUCCCGAACUCAAAAAGCAGCCGCCACCCGGCUGGGGGGCAGAAGUCAUCUUGCCCCAAGCUGGAGUCGCGUCUCCAUGGUAGAAAAUGAAGCCCAAUAGUGCAGAGCACACAAAAUGUGAAGGCGAACCUGAAGUAACUAUGUCAACCUCAAAUUACUGCGCAAGUGAAUUGCAGAAUAAGGAAGAAACCGAAGAAAGCCUCAAAGAGAGUUCAGAAUGCGAAGAGUUCGUGGCCAUUGCCAACUAUUCUGCUAUGGAUGAAACUCAGCUCAGCUUUUUGAGAGGAGAUAAGAUAUGUAUCCUGAGACACAUUACCAGUGAUUGGUGGUGGGGCGAACACGAAGGUUGUCACGGAUAUAUUCCAGCUAAUCAUAUUAAGAAGACUUUAGAGGAAUGUGAUAUUGAAGAUACAUGGCAAGAUGAAGAAUAUUUUGGCAGCUAUGGAACUUUGAAACUUCAUUUAGAAAUGCUAGCAGAUCAACCACGAACACUGAAGUACCAUCAAGUUAUCCUGCAGAACAAAGAAUCCCUUAAGGACAAAGUGUUUUUGGAUGUUGGUUGUGGAACUGGGAUCAUUAGCCUCUUCUGUGCGCAGCAUGCCCAGCCAAAGGCAGUGUAUGCUGUGGAAGCCAGUGAAAUGGCCCAGUACACUGAGCAAUUGGUAAUGCAGAAUGGUUUUACCAACAAGAUUACAGUUUUCCAGCAAAGAGUUGAAAAUGUGAUGUUGCCCGAAAAAGUUGAUGUCCUGAUUUCUGAAUGGAUGGGCACCUGCUUAUUGUUUGAGUUUAUGAUUGAGUCCGUUCUUCACGCGCGUGAUGAAUGGCUGAAACCAGAUGGCAUGAUUUGGCCAACUACCGCAGCUCUGCAUCUUGCUCCUUGCAGUGCUGAUCGAGACUAUCAGAAGAAAGUACUGUUUUGGGACAAUACGUAUGAAUUCAAUUUCAGCUCUUUAAAAGCAUUAGCCGUCAAAGAAUUUUUUUCCAAACCCAAAUUUAAUCAUAUAUUGGAGCCAGGAGACUGUUUAUCUGAGCCCUGUACUGUAUUGCAAUUGGAUAUGAAAACACUGCAAAUCCCUGACCUAGAGAGGAUGAUCGGUGAACUUCAUUUUGAUAUUACAAAAACUGGUACUUUACAUGGGUUUGCAGCCUGGUUUAGCGUGAAGUUUCAGAAUUUGGAAGAAGAGAAGACGCAGCUGGAACUAAACACAGGACCAUUUUAUCCCCCAACACAUUGGAAGCAAACCUUAUUUAUGCUGGACGAUCCAAUUGAAGUCCAUACCGGUGAUGUGGUCACAGGUUCAGUUGUGUUUCAGAGAGAUCCAGUAUGGAGGCGCCAUAUGUCUGUUACUUUGAGCUGGACAAUCACUUCUAAACAAGACCCUGAUUCUCAGAAAGUUGGAGAAAAGGUCUUUCCAAUCUGGAGAUAAUAUAAUUUAUAUUUUUGGAGCAAUUUAGGAAUGUUAAGUCAUAUUCUUCUUUCUUUGGAAAGAUUAAUCGUACCAAGUUUUAGCUCUGAUUACAGGGCUGGUAAGUCAGUCAAAUCUAAUAGCCCCUGAGUUUUCUUCAUUCCAUUUACACAUACUGACAUUUCAACUAGAGUGGAUUCAUUAGCUCGUUAGAAAUAAUACCUUGUUUUUGGUUUCGUGCUUUUACAUUCAUUUUUUUUUUAUCUUCCCAAUAUGAGAUAGGGGACAGUUAUUAUUAUCCCCAUUUUGCAGCUGAGGAAACUAGUAACCAGAAAAAAAAUGGUGUAUCUUGCUUGCCCAGAGUCAAACAGCAGGCUGGGAGAGAGGCUGCACUAGCUUCCGUGUCUUUUGACCCCUAAUCCCACCCACAAUCUUUCCACACUAUGGCCAGGUGGGAGAUUCAAAAUAGUCCCAGUAUCACUUGCUUCUCUGUAUUAAUGGAGAACUGCCAAAAUAUUUUCGAUCAGGAAAAAAGCUGUCCUUGCUGGUAUAAUUGAUUCAUGUGACCAACUUCUGAAAUUAAGUAUUUAUGCAUUUAUUUUCAUGAUUUUCUGUUUUGUUUUUUAAAACUGUUCCUUGACUGAGACUGAAUUACCCUCUGACAAAAAGUCCCAACUAAAUAUGGUAUUUAUAGAUCUAUUUUUGUCUUUGAAACAUUUCCACUUCCAUCAGUACAGUAUUGUAGCAAACUGAAACUGUUUAAGUAUUAAAAAUUAUUCCUUGAAUUUGCCGUUUCUGUGUUUUUAAAGUGAUUGUUUCUCCAAAAUUAUAUUAGUCGGUACUGUGUUUUGGGUGUGCAUUGUGACUGGAAAUUUUCUUUAUUUUGCUCAGCACUGCUUGUAAAUAUUGAAUUAACCCCAAUUGUAAACUCAAAGAAACCAUUUUGUGGAUGAAAAUAUAGUAUUUUUAAUAGCAUUUCAACUGCUUUCUACACUCCCCUUUCUCAGACUAAGUUUGGAUCUUGGAACUAGAAUAUUCUGUCACCCACUGUCAAUACCAUUUAAACUAAACUGGCUUGCUUGCCAAUGAGAUGGAAAUAAGAAUUAAAGGGAAAAUGCUGCCCUUGUUUAAC